CUUUAGACUAUAACCAAAAACUUAUUUUUUACUAUAUAAAUUUAUCAAUCACUGCUUUGUUUCGUGAACUUGGAGCGUCUCACUUUCACUCAUUUCUUGGCUAAAGCCCUUUCAUCUGGUACGAAUCAUAAACAAACCAAUCUACUUUCUAUUCCGAUAUCAUCUGAAUCCGCUUUUGAAGUCUUUCAUCAACAAUCUGCUUUUCUUCUGUAAAACCAGAACCUAAAGUCAACGUUUUAACCCAAAAUCUACUUCUUGUUUUACUAGCAAAAUGCCUCAACAUGCCUUCAUUUUCAUUCUCACGUUAACUCUUCUGCUUUCUAGUUUUCACGUCUCUUUUGGUGGUUUACUAGCUAAUGUAGUCAGCGGUUAUGACCAACCGUUAAAACCAGGAGAGUAUGCAUCCUCCAACACUGUACCGGCAUUUCCGGUCCAGACAGAGUCCGCCACCUGCCGUUUAGACCUCUCAGCUGAGCUUUUCGGCGGUGUGAAUGAUGCCUGUGGGCGUAACCUAGACCGGAGCAGGUGCUGUCCUGUACUAGCUGCGUGGCUCUUUGCGGCUCACGCACGCUACGCUCUCCAGGUCCCGGCGGAGGCUCCAGCCGCGGAAUCAGAUCUUCCCAUGAUGCCUGACGACUCGCAGAAGUGCGUGAACUCCCUGCAAGGCGCGUUGGUCAGCAAGAACGUGAAGAUUCCGCAACCCAAUGCGAGUUGCGAUGCGAUUUUGUGUUUUUGUGGGAUUAGGCUGCAUCAAAUCAGUUCGCUUAGCUGCCCGGCUGCGUUCAACGUAACGGCUGAGUUUCGAAACGUAACUCCAACUGCUGCCGUUAAGAACUUGGAGAAGAACUGCAAAAAUUCUUCAUAUACUGGCUGUACUAAAUGCCUGGGCGCCCUUCAAAAGUUAACGGGUGGACAUAAGAACAAAACGGAAGAAGACGUCGAUAGCAGGGCGACCAAGAUGUUCAACAGAGAUUGCCAGCUAAUGGGGCUGACAUGGCUGUUGGCACGUAAUAAAACAGCCUACAUUCCCACCGUUUCGGCGGUGCUGCGAGCCAUCAUGUACAGUGCCCACCCACCACACGAAUCCAAGUGUAGCCCCGAUCAAGAGAAUAUGCCUUUGGCUGUUGAUUCUCUGCAGUUCGAAAACUCUCAAUCCUCUUCGUCUUUACCGUCAUAUUCAUGGCCUCAAAGCUUCCAUGCUAUUUUGUUUCCAUUGUUGCCCCUAAUCAUUCUACUUUCUGCUGCAUUUGUUUAGAGUCAACGGUAGUGGUGAGGCCGGCCACUGUAUAAUUCUUGUGUCUGUGGAGGUCACGUGAAGCGGUUGAAGUGAAGCUAUGACUUGGGAGACAAAAGGGCAAUGCGGGUCAUUUUUGCGCUUUUGGUCACUGUAAAUUUCAGGCUGGUUUCCAUGUCGCUUUUGACAUAUAGUACAAGGAGGAUUUCUUGCCCAGUUACUGUUGUCAUUUAUAUUUUAUAUAUUUUUAUGCUUUUUGCAAAUUGUUUUUGCUAUUUGUCACUUUAUAUUUAUUUUUUGGCGUUUUGGCCUUUCUUAGAUAAUUAUUGGAUUGAGUUUCGAAGGCA